AUGCUACGACUUCAGUGGGCGAAGACGGUAUGGAUCGCCUUGCUGGUCGCAGUGGCGUUGGCUACAGUUGCUUCGGCGCAAGAUGCCUCCAGUUCAAGUGCUUCAUGCCUAAUCUCGCAGUACUUCGACACGGACACGGGCGAGUGCGACAAAGCUGGAGCGGACUACGACCAGGUCAUCGACACGGGCAACACGGCGUGGAUGAUCGCAGCCAGAGGACUGGUGAUGCUCAUGACUCCGGGUGUUGCCUUCUUCUACGCAGGCCUGGCGGGUGAAGAGAUGGCGUCCAACACCAUGAUGAUGUCGUUCGUGAGUAUGGCGCUCGUGACGGUGCAAUUCUGGGCCUUCGGGUACUCGGCAACGUUUGGUUCCCACGGUGUGUUCGGCUGGGCGGGCUACAACAACGUCGAAGAAACACCCAGCGCCACAUACGGCACGGGCAUCCCACACAUCGUGUUCGCGUUCUUCCAGACGAUGUUCGCUGCCAUCACACCAGCCGAACUGAGCGGCGGCAUCGUCGGACGCAUGAAGUUUGGCACUUACUUGCUGUUCGUGGUGCUGUGGACGUCUAUCGUCUAUGACCCACUGGCGCGGUGGAUCUGGUCGAUGAAGCUGGACGACUCGUGGGCUCUGUCGGCUCUCGGUUGGGAGGGAAGCAUGGGAGCUCUCGACUUCGGUGGAGGCACAGUCAUCCACGUCUCGGGUGGGUUCGGUGCGCUUGCUGCAGCUCUGAUAGUGGGGAAGCGCUACAACCACGGUGAGCCUGUGAAGCCGCACAACGUGCCGCUGUCGGGCUUCUUGACGUGGGUGCUCCUCGAGUACAGAGUCUCGCGAAGUCUAGACCCGUGUGGAGCUGCAAGUGGAGCUGUAGCUGGUAUGGCUACGAUCACCCCUGGGUCUGGAUUCGUUCUCCCCUGGGCGUCGCUGAUCUUUGGUGUCAUCGGCGCCAUUACGGGGUGUGUCGCUGUGAAGCUCAAGAACCGUCUGCGCUACGAUGACACUCUUGAUGUGUUUGCUAUCCACGGCUGCGCGGGGUACGCGUUCUUCGCGACGUUGGCGAUCCUGGUGGUGUUUAAGUACACCAUUGGUCUUCGUAUCAAUGAAGAGAAGGAGGUGAAUGGCAUCGACAUUUCGUACCACGGAGGCCUCGCAUACGACUACAGCCAACACGGAGGCGACAACAGCACCAGACUCAAAGACGCCAGCGCUGCAGCAUACACGCCCGCGGGACCGUCGCCCGAGGGAGCUUUUACGGCAGCCUCACCGGCGCCAAACGUCUAG